AAAAGGGUUGUCGGUGCUUUAUUUUGUUGGCAGGUGGAUGCAGUGGUUUACCUAGUGGAUGCCUUCGACAAGGAAAGAUUUGCAGAGUCAAAAAAGGAGCUGGAUGCUCUUCUUUCAGAUGAUUCCCUGGCGAAUGUGCCAUUCCUUGUCUUGGGUAACAAAAUCGACAUUCCAUAUGCAGCAUCUGAGGAGGAGCUUCGCUACCACCUAGGACUCAGCAAUUUCACUACUGGUAAGGGCAAGGUGAAUCUGGCAGACUCUAACGUCCGCCCCCUUGAGGUCUUUAUGUGCAGCAUUGUCCGCAAGAUGGGCUAUGGUGAGGGCUUCAAGUGGCUCUCCCAGUACAUCAAGUAGGCAGGGUGAACGAAAUCCCACGACAUUCUGCUGUGAUUUUCAUUAGGUUUUGCUUGAACCUGUGUCUUUUUUUAGCCUUUCUGCUUUUCGUUUGGUUGUUGAAGGGAACCAGCAGUCAUGACGGUAUAUUUACAUAAAUUAUCAUAACAGUGUAAAGUGGAAUAUAAUGUUAUAUCUGCUAAUGAUUCUUUUUUUUUUUUUUAGAAAAAAAAAUUACAGUUUGGGCUCCUUGGCUUUGUU